AUGGAGAUGGAAAGCAACCUUACGGUGAAGAAUCCGAAGCUAGAAGCCUUCGGAAUUCUCCGAAAAGCUCUUGCAAUCUCUGCCAAAAACACCAAUUUUUUUGUCUUCGCAAUCCUCACCUCCCUUCCUCUUUUCUGUUUCAUGAUUUACUAUGAAUCUGUUCUCCAAAAAUUCAUGGUCGAAAUCUCAGAAAUUCUAAAACAAAACCCCGAUGAUCUUGACUUUUAUUGGCUCGUACCUCUUGACACAGCCAGAAAAAUGAAAGACUAUUCUGCUGGGUUCAUUCAUCUCGGUCUUCUCUAUCUUGUGCCUCUCCAUCUCCUAGAGCUCAGCACCGUGCUUUUGAUCGUUGAUUUGGCAUCGAAGAUCUAUGAAGAAGAGAGAUCAACGAAGACUCUCAAGGAAAUGCUACAUAUACCCUUUGACAAAACAAGAUUGAAGGGCAGUUUUGUUACAUCUGUCUAUGUUCUUGUCUUGUCAACCUGUACGCUACUCGGAUUGAUAUGGUUAGCCGCAACGUACUAUGUUGUCUUCCAGCCAGUAAUGUACGGACUGUACUUUGCUGUUUGGUGCUGGCCGGCAUUUACAGCACUGCUUACGAUUUACUUAGCAUGGAGUGUUGUGUGGAAUGUGAGUCUUGUGAUUUCAGUGUUGGAGGGGACACAUGGAAUCAAGGCGUUUGCGCUAGCGAUAUAUUUUAGCAGCGGUAGUGAGUGGAAAGGGAUUCUUUUGAUGCUUGUUUUCUUUGCUUGGGAAGCAAUUUUAAGGUUGCCUUGCAUAUACAUUGGCUGCUACGAAAAGGACUAA